GUAACUCGUAACACUGGGUCGCUCAGUAACAUUUUAUUGAUUGGUCUUAGUUCAAUUUUACCGUGCAGUUACGUUCCGAAAAUGAACCAGACCAGAUUAGAAUAGAACAUUGUCCAUCCCUCAUACAGAUCUAGAGCCGUGCAGCAGCACCUUGGGUCGUGUAGUAUUUACGUACUCCCGUUCAAGACUCAACCUCCUCAUCUCAUUAUGGCACAAUCAUUACCAUGAGUAUGAGCUCUAAGACCUCUCUGAUGUCUUAACAAUGAAGGUUGGGAGACAAUACAAUGUCGCCCCUUGCGGUAAAGGGUCACAAAGGCAGACAAAAGGAGCCAAUUACAAUGGUGUUUCCAGGGGUUUCUCUUGAAUGGCGUUAAUAUCGACGGCACAACUACAACUCUGUACUUAACCGGCCUAUCCCAAGUCUUCUUGGCUCUGGGUGGGCGGGCCUUUGCGCUAUCGCAGGGAGAAGAGGACUUGGCUACAGAAGUAAAGCGGAAAGAAAAUGGCGGCCGUGGCUGCGGAGCCAGGAGCUGCUGCUGCAGCAACAACAACCGCAGGGGACGUGGGAGAUCUUGACCCGGUGCCACCCGUGCCGGGGACAGACAUCGUAUCAGACGAAACGCAGGAGUAUGUGCCAGUCUUGGACCUAGUUCACCAACUCAAGGAUGGAGAUGCAGUUCAGGAAUGCGGCCAGGUCCAAAUGGAGCUAGUGAGCAGGCCAGACCGAGAAGCAGCGGGAAAAGCGCUUGCAGCUCAUGCUGAGGAUGAACACAUCGAGGCAGGAUGUCUCCGGGUUGGCGGGGAAAAGACUACCGAACACGACGCACUCAAGGUCUACGAGACGGGGUACACAUUAGCCAUAGGUGAACGUUUAAUAGACCGAUAUUCGCCCGUCGUUGAAGCCCCAAACGAGGUCAGUAACAAGCACGAGCCCUACGCCUGCCACCAGACUAACGUUGGCCCCAUCUCAGACUCGCAACCUUCCGUUGUCUUUUUGCAUUUGUUCCCUGCGCAUCCUCUCGCGACGGAGGUUGGGCUCUCCCUUGCAGAACAGGCAAAACCCACAGAACCCACAAUCGAUUACUACCAGAAUCCAGAACUAGCCCAACACGAUUUGGAGUGUGACUAUAGAGCUUUAAUAAAGCCGACUCUGGACAGGGAGAAGGAGCCCGAGUCCGGUGAUGACGUUCAUCUCGGUUCCGAAUACAAGGAUGCGCCCUCUGAGGAUGCUCUGCUUGAGCGCCCUCUGCCAAUGAACGACGCUCUAGAACCGGAACCGGUUUCGGAGAGCGAGGCGUCUCUCGGAACAUCCAUGGAAACGAAUUACAUGUGUGACUUUUCAAGCGUUGAGCCGCAGAACUCCGGCGUGCCGGCCGAGCCAACGAACUUCCUGCAGGAAAGACCGGCUGAGUCAAAACCAACCGUGCCGUGUCAUGUCGAGACCGCGGAUAUUCCGCCCGGGUCGGUGGACCAGCUCACACCAGGAUCUGAGGUUCGAGUCUGUCUGGACCACAUCAUCGAUGACGCGUUAGUGGUGUCCUUCCGUUUGGGGGAGAAGAUAUUCUCGGGGGUGCUGAUGGACCUGUCAAAAAGGUUUGGACCCUAUGGAAUCCCCAUCACUGUGUUCCCCAAGAGGGAGUACAAGGACAAGCCAGAAUCUAUGCAGAUCAUGACAGAACCUCCAGCAGAACCGACCCAGCUGGAGAAGGAUAUCCCCCAGAGCCAGGACGAUAGCCCCCCCUCCCAGGCCGAGCCUGCCCUCCCUUCUAAGCCGGCAGUGGCCACUCCUCACCCCUCCCCCCACGUCGCCCAUCCCCCAGCCCUGCCUCACCCCUGGACCUCCCGCCCCCCCCCUCUGUUCCAGGAGGGGGCCCCCUAUCCCCCUCCUCUCUUCAUCAGGGACACAUACAACCAGUCCCUACCUCAGCCCCCCCCUCGCAAGAUCAGGCGGCCCAAAAGGCGCCUGUACCGCGAGGAGCCCACCUCUAUCAUGAACGCCAUCAAGCUCCGCCCCCGCCAGGUGCUGUGCGAUAAGUGUAAAGGUGUGGUGGGCGGGGACAAGCGGGAGACGGCGCCGAGGAGGGCGCCUGUGUCCGACUCCCGGGGGGACGAUGCCAAACGGAGACGCAGCGACAGCGUGGCGACGCCGGUUAGCAAACGCCCCCGGAACGACCCCCGUGAGGAGAAAGGUCGCGGGGCAGAAACAAAACGGCAUGGGGCGGCGUCUUCGAAUGUACGAACGUCCAACUCUGCUUCCUCCUCUUCCUCUCUGGCACACAGCCGGGGAGGAGCCUCUGGGAACCGUGCCCUGAGGGGCGUGUCAUCCACACCAUCGUCGUCCACGCUGCCCAAUAGUGGCAGCUCGCGGGCGCAGCUGAACGCCAAGAAGGUUCUGCAGGGUAAGAGUGCCAUUGUGGACCACACCAAGGCCCGGGAGGUUCUGAAAAUGGCCCGGGUACAGAGGAGGCAGAGGGAAACCGCCGCCGCCCCCACCCCCCUGGCCAGCACCGUCUCCACCAAUGCCCACCCCAAGACCAUGACACGCUCCGCGGCUCUCCAGGAGGCCCACCAGAACCAGAAGGUCCACUUCACCCGCCGGCUCCAGCAGAUCAGUGGAAUGGGACCGGUCAGCGCUGCCCCCCUCCCCCCCCGGAUGCGGAUCAAGCCUCAAAGGUACCGUAACGAGGAGAACCAGGCCUCGUCCCCUCCUAAGGUGCCCGGCCCAGAGAAGGGUCCGGCAGGCCAGGCAGGCAGCCGCCUAAGCCCCCCUAAGCCUGCCUCCGGCCAGGCUAAAGCUGCCACCCUAGGCCCAGGCCUCGCCUCGGCCGUAGCCCCAGGUACAGGCCUGGCUUCAGCUCCAGUCCCAACCAUAGACCCUGCUUCUGCACCUCUGCCAGACCCUUUGCUAGCCUUAGACCCAACCCCAGGCUUCAGUUCAGCCCUAGCCCCUUCCCCAGCUCCUACCCCUGCUCCCUCCCAUGUCCUGGCCACAGAUGUGGCCCGCUGCUCCACUACUAGCUUCCUUUGCUUAUCCAGCUGCACUGCUGAAGCCUCUGUUUCUCAGCCCCAGAGCCCCCCUGGUGAGCCUGAGCCCCAGGUUGAGCUCCUCCCACAGGCCUCUCCUGAGGUUGGCGUCCCUGGGGUGGGGGGCGAGGACCAAGGAGGGCCAGAGGAAAGGCAGGGGGCGCGCGGGAGCAAAGUGUCGACGUCCGGCAACCUGGUCGUCCUCAUGACCCUCGACUCCCGGCCCCCGCUCCCCCUGCCGGACUCGUCCUCCUCCACUUCCAGGUGCAGCGUGGACAGCGCGGACGAGCUCAAGUCCUCCCGCUCCUCCGAGUGUAGUUCCACGGAGACCUUCGAGUUCCCUCCCCCUGGGGACAACUCCCCCACCCCACCUCCUCCUCCCGCUCCGGGCCCUUCCUCCUCCUCCGGGCCCGGAGAGGAUGCUGACACCCCCCCUCCUCCCGACCCGCCUCCCGCCUCCCCUCCAAAAGAUGGAGACGCCAAAAAGAGGCGCAAGUCGUCUAAAGCAGGCGUAUUCUCCAAGAGCGUCUCCAAGUGUGUCUCGGUGGAGGGGCGUACCACCUGCGUGGGCGACAUUGUGUGGGCCAAGAUAUAUGGCUUCCCCUGGUGGCCGGCCCGCGUGGUGGGCAUCAGCAUCAGCCGCAGGGACACAGGGCUCCUGGUCCGCCAGGAGGCGCGCGUCUCCUGGUUCGGCUCUCCCACCACCUCCUUCCUCCCCCUUACCCAGCUGGCUCCCUUCCUGGAGAGCUUCCAGUCGCGCUUCGACAAGAAGAGGAAGGGCCUGUACCGCAAAGCCAUCACCGAGGCGGCCCGCGCCGCCAAGCAACUCACCCCGGAGGUCCGCGCCUUGCUUACGCAGUUCGAGACUGCUGCAACGUUGAAAGGCUGUUGAUGGUGGGCGGGCCCUGUGUUUCACACACUGGCACUGGUGGAGAGACAUGCGUGCAACAUGACUGACAGGACGUCUUUGGCCACCAUGGAGAAGGGGGGGGGGGGGGGGGGUCAUGUAAUGGACAUAAUUAGUCUUAUUUAAGGAACAGAAGAAUGAAGAGUUCUAUAUUUAUAAGGUAAUGCAGAAUGCCUAGAGGCCUCCUGCCACAUCUGGUUCAAAUAUCAUUGACACAUAUUGUCAGACAGUCAGGCUGAGUUCCAUAUGGUUUUCUGGACACACUGAAACCAAUAGGAACAGUGUAUUCAUUGGUGGAACUAGGUUGUAACUAAAGUCAAUCAAAUGCGCCUCAGGUACCUGAGUGUCUGAGUUGGAAAUGGGGUCUGCUAACUGUCCAUCAUGCUGAAUAGCACAGUGUGAUAGGUCUGGUUUUGUGUUGUGAUGGGUAGCACAUCCCAGAAGUAACCGCUGAUCUUUCUUCUUUCACUUGUCCAACACCCCACACACACACACAUACACCCUCCUCCAUGGACCUCAGACCAGACAAGGGGUGUAACAACAGGUCAUGCCUUCUCAUACCUAGGGUACCUGUCUCCACUCACCGUCCUAGGAGGCUGGAUCUGAUCUGGAGUAGGCUCUCCAGAGAGGUGGUGUAGGGGUGUGUGAGGAGAUAUAAUUCAGUCAUCCUAAUGGUAUCUGCCACAUCUCAAUGCGCUCACAUACAAACACACACAAAGGAUGUAGGACCCAGCAGGGUAUGUUGAUCUAUGACCUUAAAUAAAUUAAAAACAUAUAUAUAUUCAUGUACAAAAAACAAUAAUAAAUGCAAUAAAGAUUGCAUGUGCUAUGCUGUAGCAGUGGUCAAGGAAUGGGCUUCAUUGUAUUCAAGCUGUUUUCAAAGCCCCCCCCCCCCCCCACCUCCCCUUGGAUUUCCCUUCCUGUCAGUGGUUCACCUAACGAAGCAGACGAAAGUAUGCAUUGCACAUUACAUUCUCACUUUCUGUCUCUCACACUGGCCCCCAACUUAUGUGACUGGCCCCCCAACUCAUGUACAUAUGUGCGUUUCGGAACAAUCAAUGAAUCUCCUCGCCAUGCAGACUGAGGUGGCACAGUUUGGUUAUAGACUAUCUGUUCUGUAUAUCUCUUCCAAUCAGUAAAUCUGCUUUUUGCCUUUGUA